CUAGUUGCAGUUGACUGAUAACUUUCAUAGUUUAUCAAAGUACUGUCAUUUUUCAAUUCGAAGAGAAUGGAAAGAACUGAGACUAACACUAGUAUUAAAGACAGAAAGAAUCAAGAAAACGAAGCAAAACACAGUGAGAAAAAUGUUUUGGUCUCCGAGGGUGAUCCGCCCAAGAAGAAAAAGAGACCCAGAUGGAUCACUAGAGAUAUGGCUGAAGAGGAAGGAAGAGAGGAAGUUUUGAGAACCACGUUCAAUGAAUUCUUCGUUUAUUCAAUUUUUGUGAUAUUGAUGACGAUAUAUGUGACUGGAAUCCACCAUAGGAAAGCCUUCUACUUGACCAAGGGAUUAACACAACAGUUUGUAGAACGUCAAUUCGACACCGUGAAUGAUGCCGAGAUAACUUUCCUGGAAAUAACCACAGCCGCAGAUUUUUGGAUUUACGCAGAAGGACACAUGAUGGAUAGUUUUUACUGGGAAGCUACUUACAGUACAGAACAAGCUGACGAGAACGCUAUGCACAUAUUACAGGAAAACAGAGUUUUGGGUGUUCCAAGGAUAAGACAAGUUAGAGUUCGAAAUGAUUCGUGUGUUGUACAUGAAUAUUUUCGUCGACUAUUUUUGAACUGCUACGAUAUGUACUCAGAUGAUGCAGUGGACAAAGAAACUUUUGGACUAGGAAAGAAGACAGCUUGGGUCUACAGCCCCCAAAAAGAAACCAAAAGUCUUUCAUACUGGGGCAAAAUUACGACUUACGGUGGAGGCGGCUACUACGCGGACUUUGCCAUGACCAGAAACAAAACAGCGGAACUAUUCACAGAACUGAAAGACAACUUGUGGAUUCGAGGAGGGACGAGAGCCAUUUUCAUCGAUUUCGCCCUUUACAACGCGAACCUGAAUCUUUUCGCCGUCUGCAAAAUGGCUUUUGAAUUCCCGACAACAGGGGGUAUUAUGACCACUGCCGAUUUCCGAAGUUUUGGCCUCUUGAGGAUCCGCUCGAACUACGAUUGGUUCGUAAUGGCUUGCGAAUGCGCUUGUUAUUUGUUCAUAGUCUUCUACAUAUUCGAAGAGAUCCGUGAGAUAUUAUACUUUAGGCUGAAGUAUCUUGCGAGAUUCUGGAAUUACGUGGACGUUUUUAUUAUAACAUUGACUUUGGUAUCUGGUGCUUUUUCAAUAAUGAAAAUGUUGAUGAUCAAGCAAGAAUUAUACGACAUCAUGGACAACGGAGACAAGUAUGGUAAUCUAGAAUACAUUGCUUGGAUGCAUCUGAUGUACAACAAUUUGAUUGCUGUUGAUCUGUUCCUCAUCUAUGUGAAGAUUUUCAAAUACCUCAAUUUCAAUAGAACCAUGGGACAGCUCAAUAACACAUUGAAGAACUGUGCAAUGGACAUUUUGGGAUUUUCCAUAAUGUUUUUCAUAAUAUUUUUUGCAUUCGCCGAACUUGGUUAUUUGAUUUUUGGUAGCGAGGUUGAAAAUUUCAGCAGCUUUGGAGUAGCGAUGUUCACUUUGUUGCGAACCAUUCUUGGAGACUUCGACUAUCAAGAAAUCGAGGCCGCAAAUCGAAUUUUGGCUCCGAUUUAUUUCCUGUCAUACAUCUUUCUAGUAUUUUUCGUGUUGUUGAACAUGUUUCUCGCUAUAAUCAACGACACAUACUCCGACGUGAAAACCGAAAUAGCCCUAGCACCGGAUGAAAUGCAGAUGACGGAGUAUCUGUCUCAGCAAAUAAGAAAUCUACUGAGAAGAUUAGGCUCCAAGUGCGUCUCUGAAAAAUCUGAAACCAAGAGCGAGAUAAAUGCAACACUGAGACAAAUUCGUGAGGUCUUGAAAAAAUGCGGCUUCAGUGACCUGGAGAUCGAGAUGUUUUUCGCAAGAUAUAACGUUGAUCCUCUUGCUGAAAUUGGGGUCGCAGACAUAGACAAGUUGAUGAACGAACUGGAGGAUAUUUUGAAGGGAGAAGAUGUGAAAUAUGAGUCUUCCUUCGUUCGAGUCAGUGAUUUUGUUGCUCAACAAGAGAGGUUGGAGCAAAUUGACAGAACAAUUGGUAAGUUGGUGGAACAGGUCAAAAUACUGCUGCUCAAACUGGAUCAGAUGAGUAACGUUCGAAAAGUGAGAAACGAAUGAUAAAAUGUAACUGUAUUUAUUUACUUAUAAGUGACUUCUUGUAAUACAAACAGAUAAUAUAUA